AUGCAGACAAACUUUCUUUCCCAGCAAUUUAAUGCUGGUUCUUUGGCAGAAAACUCCACAGCUUGUCCAGCAAAUGCUACUAUUUGUGAUGGCACCUCUUGUGUAUUGCCAGAAGAUAAUUUUAAUCAAACUUUGAGCGUGGUUUUAAGUACUGUUCUAACAAUCAUGCUGGCUUUGGUGAUGUUCUCCAUGGGCUGCAAUGUGGAAAUUAAGAAUUUCUUGGGCCACGUAAAAAGACCCUGGGGUAUAUUUGUGGGUUUCCUUUGCCAGUUUGGAAUUAUGCCUCUCACAGCCUUCUUGCUCUCUUUGGCCUUUGACGUCCUUCCUAUUCAAGCUGUCGUGGUGAUGAUCAUGGGAUGCUGUCCAGGGGGCUCAGCCUCGAAUAUCAUCGCCUACUGGGUGGAUGGAGACAUGGACCUAAGCAUCAGCAUGACAACUUGCUCCACGCUGAUUGCAAUGGGAAUGAUGCCACUUUGUCUCUUUAUUUACACCAAAAUGUGGACUGAUGCUGAUGCAAUUGUACUCCCCUAUAACAGCAUUGGGCUUUCUCUGGUAGCUCUUGUAGUUCCUGUUUCGGUGGGAAUAUUUGUCAACCACAAGUGGCCUAGUAAAGCGAAAAUCAUACUUAAGGUAGGUUCCAUUGUGGGAGCAGUGCUCAUCGUGGUCACUGCUGUGGUUGGGGGAAUACUCUACAAAGGCUCCUGGGUUAUCACACCAAAAUUAUGGAUCAUUGGCACCAUAUUUCCAGCAGCUGGAUAUACUCUAGGAUUCUUUCUGGCUCGUCUAGCUGGUCUGUCUUGGAACAGGUGUCGUACAGUGUCUCUGGAAACAGGCAUGCAAAACACUCAGCUAUGUUCCACUAUAGUACAGCUCUCAUUCACUUCUGAACAACUUGAACUGAUGUUUACUUUCCCACUCAUCUACAGCAUUUUCCAGCUGUUGUUUGCAAUACUAAUUUUAGGAGGCUACCGUCUUUACAGAAGACGCCAUGUCAAAACAAAGACAGAUGUUGAGAAAACAGUGCAAAAAGAGGAUUCAAAAUCAGGAGAUAAAAUAAAUGGAGGAUUUGUAUCAGAUGAGAUGAAAUAG